AUGAUUCACCAGAUUACCAACUACGUUGUGAUGAAUUUGACUGCCAACGCUACUAUUCAUGUCGGUGCUAGCCCCGUAAUGGCACAUGCCGUAGAGGAAGUCGAAGAAAUGGCUUCAUUAGCCAACGCACUCGUGAUUAAUGUUGGCACGUUAAGUGAGUCAUGGAUAAGAGGAAUGAAUCUAGCGGGAAAACGUGCCAAUGAAAAAGGUAUUCCAAUUGUAUUCGAUCCAGUUGGAGUCGGAGCUACUACUUAUCGCACAGAAGUCAUCAUUAAAAUGUUUGACUCACUUGAUAUUGCCAUCUUGAAAGGCAAUUCUGGUGAAAUUGGAAAGAUAAAUAAAGAACAGGUUUUGGUUCGUGGUGUUGAUUCACUUACAGGUGCAGCAGAUCCUUGUGAAACCGUUCGUCAGUUGGCUCAGAAAAGAAAUAAAAAGACUGUUGUGGCGCUUAGCGGUAAAACAGAUUACGUUUCUGAUGGUGACCGAGUGGUGAUAAUCAAAAAUCAAUGCGAUCGGCUUAAUCAACUCACUGGAAUGGGCUGUACUGUAUCUGCUCUUAUGGCUUGCUUUGCCGGUGUUACGAAAGACUACCUAGUGGCAGCUGUUGGAGGUUUCGUUGUUAUGAGUGUGUGCGCAGAAUUGGCAGCCAAAGACCAAAAUGUGUGCGGAGCAGCCAGUUUUCAAGUCGCUCUUUUUGACCGAUUUAGCACUGUAACUGGUUCUGAACUUGAAAAAUUUAUGGACAUUGAGAUACUUGAUGAUCACAAUUAG